AUGACUACGAGGAGAUGGUGGAAGCGGCGCGACGGCAGCGACGACGCCGACGAUCUCGUCCCCAUGGACACCCAAGAGCAGGAGGAGCUGGUCCGUUCCCUGGAGCAGAAGCAGGUGCACCAAAGCCGCCGUUGGAGGCACGUCUUUGCGGGAUUCCUCCUGAGCUACACGGUCUUCCUCGUCUACUCCAGCUUCCACCAUGCCUGGUCUCCCUGGGAGCUGCGAUACCAUGCUUACUUUAUGGAAGAUUUGCCUUCGCCGAUGGUCAUUGUUGCAGCUGCCCUUGCAUGCUUAUUCGCAGUUAAGGGGCUACUACAAGCAUCCAACUCCUCAAAGAAGUGGAUGUGGUAUUCAUUCUAUGUUGGCAUGGCGGUUGCCAUCUUCUGGACAUACUACCUCUUGAAGUUACCAAGGAUCCGAUGGGAUGUAGUGUGGCUCCCGCUUGGCCCUUCGAUUGCUUCUGCAUUGAGCCUCUAUGUGGACCAUAUGCUAAUGAAGUCGAUGCAAGAUAUCAGCACCUUGAGGGGCUACAUGUACAACUUCAAGUCCCUGUGA